CAGCACGCUUGCGAAUGUUGUUUGUUUACAAAACAACACAAAGUCCCGCAAAGUGAUCGCAAUUACCAAAAGUUUUUCAGUUGUGAUGAAAUGUCGCUAAGAAAGCACAAAUGUUUCUCGCAAUGCGACAAGCUGAAGAUAAUCGAAGCACACGAGGCCGGAAAGUCACGUAACGAAGUAAUGCAUGAGUUUGGUUUGCCACUUUCGAGCUACUACAAGAUCAUAAGUCAAAGAGACGCUACGAAGCAGCAGUGUUUGCAGGGCAAGGGCUACGUUCGACGAAAUCGCAGUUCCGACUAUCCUAAUCUGGAACGGUGUAUGAUACAAUGGAUCAAUCAAAGUUUUGGCGCAGAAUGUCAUCCAUUGGAGGGACCCGUAAUAAAGGCACAAGCCAAGCUAUUCUCCAUCAAGCUUGGAAUCGAAGAGUUUUCGGCCAGCAAUGGUUGGUUGGACGGAUUUAAGAAGCGGCACGGGUUAACGUUCAACAGAUCGCCCCAUGGGCUAGUUUCAAAUGUUGACGGCAGACAUGGUACUGCUGAGUGGAGUGACUGUUUCGCCAAUUUGCUCGAUGAAUAUGAAGCGAACGAUAUUUACAGCAUCGCCUUGAGUGGAUUGUUUUACCAAUGGUUGCCCGAGCAAAUAUUUAAAUACCAAGCGAACGAAUGCCACGAUGGCGAGGUUGAGCAGGAACGUGUAACGGUGCUGCUGUGCGCCAACAUUACGGGAACGGAGAAGUUACCGAUCCUUGUGAUCGGACGAUCAAAAUGUCCGGAAUUUUUGGAAGACACACACCCAAAUCCGUCCUUCAGUUAUGCGACGAAUGUCAAGGCAUGGAUUACUGGAGCAUUGUUUGUGGCGUGGUUAACGGAACUGAACGAUAAAAUGGUAUCGAAUGAAAGACACAUCGUGCUGCUUAUGAAUCAUUUUCAUGUCCCUGCAAUAUUCCCAACAUUUACCAAUGUAAAAAUAGUAGUUCUCCCUUCAAAAUCCACCUCAGACAGUGUAAAACCACAGCACAACGAACUGAUCCAUAGCUUUAAAUCUAAUUUUCGCACCGAAGUGGUCAAACACCUUUUGGACUGCGGGAAAAAACGAACAAAACAGAACAUUAGUCUACCGUUUGCACUUAAUGCUGCCGCAAGGGCAUGGCGAAAGAUUGACAGCGAUACUGUUGUUAAUCACUUUAUGCAAACCGGCUGUUGGCCGUAUGCAUUGUGUGAUAGUAGUUCAUCACAGCAAGAAAAGAAAGACACCAACAUCCGCCCAAGCAAAUCAGAUUGGGAUAAAGUUACGGCACACGAAGAACCGAAACCGAGCUUCAGUGAUUACGUACGGGUAGAUGAGAACGUUGCCGUUACCGGUACGUUCACAAACGAUGAAAUCGUGGAGAUGGCCACGUAUCAAGUCAAGGCCGAUAAAGCAACAGCUAUGGUGCUAGACGCGCAAGAGUUUUUCGAUGUGAAAAAGACAGUCUGGAGAGGUGGUCGAAUGACAACAAGAACGUCUGUUAUCGACAGAAAUGGUCGAAAACGGAACGGUAACGAGGACGAAACAGUCAUCGAUCAACGAGUACCCAUUAUCCAUAAACGUGAUGCCUUAAAAGCACUGGAAACAGUGCAACAAUUCUUUAGACGUCAUACGUAUCAGGAUGCCGCGACGUUUGGCAUGCUUUACGAACUGGAAAAGCGUAUUCAAGCUAUAGAAGUGUAACUGAACCCUUAACCGGACACUGGACACGACUGAAAUUAUAGAAAAGCAAAGGUGGGCUCGUUGGAUUGACUCUACUAGAAGAGUAAAACCUUUCGGAGGUAGGAAUUCACCAUGUUCACUAAGGGGUUACAUGAAGAGCUUCCCUUUCCCACGAACUAAUACUGCAAUAUGUGUACAUUUGUCCGAAUGUUCGCUAGAUAAAUUCAUCGAUGCAUUUUAUUUUAUUUCAAAAUUUGAAUUUUGACUGGAUGACUAUUAAUUAUACGGUUCUGUUUGUUCGCCUAGCAUUCCUUUGCUGUAUGUUUGUGUGUGUGUGUGUGUGUUAUUACCACAUGUACGGUUUUGGGUGGUAUUAGGUUUCUAUGUGUUGCUGCCUUACGCUUCUAUCGAUAAAAUUCACAUCAGUUACAGAGCCUAGAUCCUAGAUCCAAACAUAGCCUACAGUUCUGUUUGCUGACAGACAGAUGUGAAGGGGGUCGUCUCGGAUGUCAAGAGUGCUGCCUGCCUGCAUGUGGUUACGCGAUGCUUUUGCGCUGGGAUCGUACCACGCAAAUCAUAAACCCUCUCUCUCUCUCAUCAUCCUAUCUAAUAGGGACAUGCAUGCCAUCUGUUAUUUUAGGUUAUCUUUUGCCUACAUGCACAUUUGCAUUCGCAUGUGUAAGUCUCGCGUGUCGGGAAGUGGAUGUGUCUCCUUCCUUCGGCUGUUGGUGUUUCAAAUUUCAACUCAAUUUUCAAAAUUUACUGAUUUUGCUUACUCCCUAUCCAUCCUAUCCUACUACUGCCGGGCCUGCUGCUAAAAGCAUCCGGUGAAAUAUUAACCUAACCCUUCCGACGAGGAAUAUGUUCAAUUAGUUGCUAAACUUGCUACACAUGUCGUUCUGUCUGUCGGGUGAUGAGGAACUAAUACGCAGGCCUGUAAAGUCAGCAAAACUUACAACGCGUUGUUAAGGAGAGGAAAGAAAAUGACCAGAUAUGCGAACGAUGAGAGCAAAUAAAUAAAUACCAACAAUCAUUGUGAGAUACGUACAGUACAAAGUAUACGGGAGAGAUACAGGGAUUGUUUCCCGUCUUCUGCUUGAACUCACAGGCCCGAAAACAAGAGAUAAAAGGGGAUUUGGAUGCAAAAGUGGGACAACACACCUUUAACCAAUAAAUUGACCAUUUAUAGGAGAUUCCCAGUUGUGAUUGCGCUACGUCUAGGUCGAUCGUUCAGAAGUAGGGGAUGUUAUGUGAAUAAGAAUAGGAAACAAAAAUCAAAACAGGGACGAAAUGCAACUUCAAUGAUAGCAUUUUAUGAAACGUAAACUAGUUGCUCGUGAGCGGAGAAAAAAUCCUCCAUUGCCUGGUUCUACAAUGUUCAUUUUACGUUUCUUUUGCUUUGUUUUUUUGUAGCAAGAUACAUGGAUGGAAAAAACGUUUUUAACCCUACUGACUAACAACACGUUGAGAAAACGGGAUAAUUCAUUACUAUUUCUAAUCAAAUACACCACACACGUGUUUCAUCCAACCUA